AUGCUCUCUGCUACUUCUAGAGCGCUGCGCAUUGCCGCAUGCCGCGUCCCCCCACCAGCGGCCUCGACCGCCGUCUCGCCGAUGCCCGAGGCCUCCCCUAGUCGAAGCACCCAGAUCGCCGCCCGAGCCCGUUCCCUCUCUUCCACGGGACGCGUGUCGUAUGCCAUCAACACAAACCCGAACCCGCCCUUGGGCAAGAAGAAUGCCUCCAACGAGAUGCCGUCCCGGAUCGGCCUCAUUGGAGCCCGCGGCUACACAGGUCAAGCCCUGGUUGAGCUGCUCGACAAGCACCCCAAUAUGGAUCUGUGUCAUGUGUCUUCCCGGGAACUUGACGGCCAGGAGCUCAAAGACUACACCAAGCGCAAAAUCAUCUACAAGAACCUGUCUCCCGAGGAAGUAGCUCAGCUAGACAAGGAAGGCCAGGUCGACUGUUGGGUGAUGGCUCUCCCGAAUGGUGUCUGCCAGCCUUUCGUGCGAGCUCUCGGUCAGAGCUCGAGUCUGAUCAUUGAUCUUUCAGCCGACCAUCGAUUCGACGGCACUUGGGGCUCGUACGGGCUCCCAGAAUUAGUUCAGCGAAGCAAGAUUGCCCAAUCCACCCGCAUCAGCUGCCCCGGGUGCUACUCGACGGGGUCGCAAUUGGCCUUGGCGCCCGUUUUGGAACAUUUGGGAGGCAUGCCCACAGUCUUUGGAGUUUCGGGCUAUAGCGGAGCUGGCACGAAGCCUUCUCCAAAAAACGACGUCCACCUUCUCCGUGACAACCUAAUGCCGUACAGCCUGACUGGGCAUAUACAUGAGCAAGAAAUCAGUCACCACCUUGAUGUGCCGACAGCAUUCAUUCCGCAUUGCGCCUCCUGGUUUCGCGGCAUUCACUUGACCAUCAAUAUCCCCCUGAACAAGACAAUGACUUCUCGAGAUGUUCGUCAGAUCUACCAAGACCGAUACGCUGGAGAAAAGCUUGUCAAGGUCGUCGGUGAAGCGCCACUCGUGAAAUCUAUCCAGAACAGGCACGGAGUUGAGAUUGGAGCGUUCGCCGUUGACGACACGGGCAAGCGUGUUGUCGUCUGUGCCACCAUUGACAAUCUCAACAAGGGCGCUGCCACACAAUGCUUGCAGAACAUGAACCUCGCGCUUGGAUACGACGAAUAUCAGGGAAUCCCUAUUGAUUGA